AUGCACAUCACAACGGAGUUCUCUCUCUCUCUCUCUCUCUCACUCUCUCUCUCUCUCUCCAGUUUUAGAUUUACUGACUGUUCUCUCUAUUUCUUGAACAAUGUCUGAAAGUUCGUUCUCAAAGCUUUCCGACGACGUUGUUCUUAACAUAUUCUUCAGGCUGGAGGAAGACCCUAGAAACUGGGCUCGACUAGCUUGCGUUUCCAGCAAAUUCUCCUCUCUGAUUCGCAACAUAUGCUGGAAAAUCAGAUGUUCUCAGACCAUACCCUCUGUCGUCGAUGAUCUCUUCUCCACCUCCGCCGUGCCGGCCGGUGACUGGGCCUCUCUACACAAGCUCGCCGUUUGCUGCCCUGGCCUUUCCCUCGCCGGUGUCCUCCUUGAAAACUCCGAUUUCGGGCUCGAACGCGAGCUUGGGCCCGAUGGGAAUCAUCGAGGAAAUGAAUUAUUUCAGUCUGGUCAGUCCCGAACAAUUCCUUCUUCGAGCGAUAAUGAUGGUGAUACUGGGUCAACCGUUUGUGGGGCAGAUUGUGGUUGGUCUCUGUUUGAUGAUCUUUAUCAUGAUACCCUUUACAAUGCUUCUGAAUCAUCUCAAGAUAUGCCCGAAAUGGCCAAAGAUCCAGAAAAGGGUGUUGUGAAACCAGCUUGUGAUUUUGCUGUUUGUAAGAGAAGAAAGAUUUGUAGAUCUCUGAGGUCUCAUUUGGCUUCUGGGAUUUGGAGUUUAAGCCGAGAACAGGGCAAUAAGUUGCUCGGGAGUCGAUUUAAAGGGGAUUGUUUGUACAUUUGUGAUUGGCCUGGUUGUGUUCACAUAGAGGAGAAGCGAAAUUACAUGCUUUUCAGGGGGAUUUUCAAGAAUUUCAAGCAGUCGAGGGUUUGGAGGACGAUCAAUGAUAACGAUGGGAAUCGGAGAAAGAUUGAUCUGAGUUGUGCGUUUUGCUCUUGCAGACAAACUUGGGAUCUGCAUUCUGCAUUUUGCUUGAGGCGGUAUUUCGGGUUCCAUGAGGAUGGUUCACCACAUGUUCGAGCUUAUGUUUGUGAGAACGGCCAUGUUUCUGGAGCGUGGACGGACUGGCCUUUGUACACUUAAAUUGGCUGUUUCUUCAUAGGGAUGAGUACCUCUCUGUUCACCUUCAUAUUUGAGGAAUGCUUCGAUGCUGAUUGUUGCAAGAAUUUAUUAUGAGAGCGAGGUGUGCUUGGAUUUCUGCUUAUUUUGGGUUUGUUGCUUCUAGUGUUGUUAUAUUUAUUGUCUGUUUUUAACACAUCAAUGUUCAUGAUCUAAGAAAAGGGAGUUGUUUGAAAUUGGGUCCUGCAAAAUGGUUGUCAUGAAGGUGUUAUUCUUAUUUCAUAAUGAUUUUUAUUUUUGAAAACUCGA